UGAUGCGUGAGAAGCUCGACACGCUGUCAGGCGGUGCUUUGCUGCUGGCGGGGUUGUGGUCCGCGUCGCGAGGAAGCCAUGGAGGACGGUGAGUUAAUCGAGUACUUUAAGUCCCAGAUGAAAGGAGACCCUAACAUGGCCUCGGCGGUGGCUGCCAUCCAGACCUUGCUGGAAUUCUUGAAGAGAGAUAAAGGAGAGACAAUCCAGGGCCUGAGAGCAAAUCUCACCAAAGCCAUAGAAACCCUCUGCGGUGUGGACUCCUCGGUGGCCGUGUCCUCUGGCGGGGAGCUCUUCCUUCGCUUCAUCAGCCUCACCUCCCUGGAGUACUCCGACUACUCCAAAUGUAAAAAGAUCAUGAUCGAGAGAGGAGAGCUUUUCCUGAGCAGAAUAUCCCUGUCGAGAACUAAGAUUGCCAGUCUAUGCCAUGCUUUUAUCAAAGACGGGGCGAGAAUCUUGACUCACGCCUACUCCAGAGUUGUCCUGAGGGUCCUGGAAGAAGCCGUGGCAGCCAAGAAACGUUUCAGUGUGUAUAUCACGGAGUCACAGCCUGAUUUAUCUGGUAAGAAAAUGGCCAAAGCCCUCUGCCACCUCAAUGUCCCUGUCACUGUGGUGCUGGACGCUGCUGUUGGCUAUAUCAUGGAGAAAGUAGACCUUGUCAUCGUUGGUGCUGAAGGAGUGGUAGAGAAUGGAGGAAUUAUUAACAAGAUCGGAACCAACCAGAUGGCCGUGUGUGCCAAAGCCCAGAACAAGCCCUUCUAUGUGGUUGCAGAAAGUUUCAAGUUUGUACGGCUCUUUCCACUCAACCAGCAAGAUGUCCCAGAUAAGUUUAAGUACAAGGCAGACACCCUGAAGUCUGUGCAGGCUGGACAGGACCUCAAAGAGGAACACCCAUGGGUCGACUACACCUCCCCAUCCCUCAUCACACUGCUGUUUACGGACUUAGGUGUGUUGACACCAUCCGCUGUAAGUGACGAGCUCAUCAAGCUAUACCUGUGAGCAGAGCCCCUCCUGCCAACAUGCAGGGAGCACAUCUUGUGCAGGGUGAGCAGCCUUUCCACUCCAGCCAGCCAGGGGCCAACAAUGAAUGGGACUUUCAGACCUGUAUGCCAAGGGCUCAUUUUAGAGGCCCUGAAGAAUCCUUUUACUCUUGCUGUCACAUCUGAGGCCUGGUCCCAGUUCUAGAAGCAAGGUGAAGCAACCUUAUGGUUUUCAGAAACUCAGUCUCUGGAAGAACAAGUUAAUUACAGGCUGCAAAGCUGAGGAGAGAUGGCACAGGAGCAGGGACCCUCCAGCCGCGCUGCAUCACUGAGAGAUGCAGUGACAUCGGCUGAGUGCACACCUUCAGUGCCUCACAAGACAGCAGACACUGUAGCUGACGGCAUCUGGCUCCAUGCCCUCAGCAGGAUCCAGCCAGAUAGGAAAAACACCAAUGCAGGAGCCAUUCACAUGGCACUGCUCACAGAAUGUUGUCUGUAAAAGAUGCGAGUUUACUCUAAACAUGUUUAGAACCUGAA